ACGUUACAGGCGUGACAAACUUGAGACGUGGUCUAUUGCCAGCUUUUAUGGUUUAUUUGAGAAGAUAAUUACAUCAGAAUGAAAUAAACGCCCUGUAGUUCGAGUCUGAAUAAUUGGAGGAACCUUUUUUAAUCAACCCAAUCGUUCGCACUACGUGUGGAAAUAUUAAUUGGCUGGAAACAGUAAUGGACGCAGUAAAUGAAAACGGUAAACGCGCUAUGAAGGACGACAGUCAUGGGAACAGUACCAGCCCAAAACGAAGAAAAUCCAGACACAUCUCUGCUCUUAUUCUGGCCCGUGGAGGGAGUAAAGGAAUCCCCCUGAAGAACAUUAAGAUGCUUGCAGGGGUUCCCCUGAUCGGAUGGGUGAUCAGAGCGGCUGUGGACUCCAAUGUCUUUAACAGUGUUUGGGUGUCUACUGAUCACGAAGAGAUCGCCAAAGUGGCCUUGGCUUGGGGUGCAAAGGUGCACAAGAGGAGCCCAGAAGUGUCCCAGGACUCCUCCAGCUCACUGGACACCAUUCGGGAGUUCAGCAGACAGCACCGAGAGGUGGAUGUUAUCUGUAACAUCCAGGCCACGUCUCCGUGUUUGCACCCAAAACAUCUCACAGAGGCUGUGGAACUCAUAACGAAACAAGGGUACGAUUCAGUCUUCUCUGUGGUCCGCAGGCACAAUUUUCGAUGGAAAGAGGUUGAGAAAGGAGGAGAUUGCAGCACUGAACCGAUGAACCUGAACCCAGCUUGCAGGCCGCGGCGUCAGGACUGGAGUGGAGAACUGUGUGAAAAUGGCUCUUUUUACUUCGCAAAGAAAGAGCUCAUAGAACAAGGGCUUCUUCAGGGUGGAAAGAAAACAUACUAUGAAAUGAAGCCUGAGUACAGCGUGGAUAUUGAUGUGGACAUAGACUGGCCUGUUGCUGAGCAAAGAGUUCUGAGGUUUGGAUACUUUGGGAAGGACAAACCUGAAGUUGUGAGGCUCUUGCUGUGUAACGUGUCUGGAUGUCUGACAGACGGUCAGAUCUACACCUCAGCGAGUGGAGAGGAGAUGGUGUCCAUCAACAUCAGAGACCAGAUCGGCAUCAGCAUGCUUAAGAAAGAAGGAGUGAAGGUGAUUUUACUUGAAACAUACCCCAUAGCAAAAGCAUUAGCUGUCAGACUGUCUGAGAGGAUGGGCUGUCCUCUCCUGCACCACAUGGACGACAAACUGAAGGAGGUGGAGAGAAUCAUGGUGGAGGAAAAGCUGGAGUGGAAAGAGGUGGCGUAUUUAGGGAAUGAUGAAGCAGAUGUGAAGUGUCUGGAAUUGGCAGGGUUGAGUGGAGUACCUGUGGACGCCCCGACGGUGGCGCUCAACCACACUAAAUAUACCUGCCACAACGCAGCGGGUCACGGGGCAGUGCGCGAGUUUGCCGAACACAUCCUUCUCCUGAAGAAGAAGGCCAAGUCUCAGAUGGAGCAGGACAGAAUCUGCAGAGAUGCAUUUUAAAAUUGUACCAUGAAGGAAUUUAAACAUGGCUAAAGUGAAACGAUACUGCAUUUAUGGAAAAACACUAAUAUUACACCACUACAGCCUAUAGUAGUCUCCAAUGUCUGUGCAUGUUUAACAGAAGGAAGUACUAAUAAAAUUAAAUAC